CCUUAUCUUCAGACGCACACAUACCUGUGUGAAAAGUCACCACCUGUUCAGACAUCUUACGUACCUAGGGUACCUUAUCUGAUGGUUACUGUGUGUAUAUAUUCAUUGUUCACGUACACUUAAGCCACCAGUCUUUGACUCAAUUUGCGGGAGAAGCCUCUUCACGCCGACCGACUGAUACUCACCAUGCGCCUUUUCGUCGUCAUCGCUCUUGUCUGUUACGCUGCGGCGGAGGAGAAUGGAGACCGCAUUGUCGGCGGGACGACGGCUACCCGAGGCCAAUUCCCCUGGCAGGCGUCUCUGCAGGAGCACCACAGCCAUUUCUGCGCCGGCACCCUCCUCAACUCUGAGUGGGUUCUCAGCGCAGCUCACUGCGAAGUCAGUGCUAGCAGUCUGACUGUGGUUCUGGGAGAGCACGACUUGAGCGGCCAACACAACGAUCACGAGCAGGUCAAACAUGUCUCACGGGUCAUCGUUCAUCCCUACUACCACCCCAAUACCGUGGACAACGACAUCAUGUUGAUCCAGCUGAGGAGUCCCGUCACCAUUAACAGCUGGGUGAGCCCGGCGACCGUGCCGUCCUCCAUGGUGGCCGAUGGGACCGUGCUCACCGUGACCGGCUGGGGAAACACGGUCUCCCUCGGAAUUGACUACCCGGACAGGCUGCAGAAGGUGAACGUGCCUGUCAUCAACCACUCUACCUGUAACGGUGCUAACUCUUACGACGGUGCGAUCACCUCCAACAUGUUCUGUGCCGGCUACAUGGAUGGUGGCAAGGACGCCUGCCAGGGAGACAGUGGCGGCCCUGUCACGAGAGGCAGCACGGUGUACGGCAUCGUGAGCUGGGGCUACGGCUGUGCCGAGCGGAACUUCCCGGGCGUUUACACCAAGGUCAACAGGUACUACUCCUGGAUCAACGGUUACAUCAACUAAAUCAGCCGUUUCAACACGAAACCGUGUGCUGAUCAGAUCUUCAACACAUUGCGGAAUAAAUGUGUGGUCAUAACAACA